UCCUUAGUUGUCAGUCUUUCCCUGGCAAUCAAAUCUUUACAAACUGGCCAAUGGGAUGACAGCCCUGGAGUUGAUUACUGGGUGUGCUAUGUUGGAGUUUAAACUUUGGACCUCAGAACAAGAGCAAGGAGAUACAGUAGAGACAUGGUCAUCUGGAACAGAGCUCCUUCACAACAAAGGAAACAGAACAUUUAACUGGAUUUUUCUUAUUUUGGGGAGUUCUGUCCUGUGCCACCCUAGUGCUGAAAUUAUGGACCACUAUUCAGACCAGGGUUGCGACGGGAUUGAGCUGCUUGAUUUGCUGUUUGAUCAAAACAAUGGCAUCCUCCGUCACGAGGAGAUGGGACACCAUGACAACCAUGCCUGGCCAAUCCACGAGCCAAACGUGCUGCGUCCAGCAGAGCAACAGAGCGAGGACUUCCUGAACGCCCUCCUGAGUGGCAGUGACUCAGUGUCGGGGUCCCCCCUGUGGUCUCCCUCUCCUAGUGACAGUGGCAUCAGUGAGGACCCGCACUCAGAUCAGAUGGACAGCCCCCAGCGCCCUGAGAGCCCUCCCAUGGAGCCCCACUUCAUCCCCUCUCAGCCACAAACCAAGGCCACCCUGGAUGCCAACUUCUCCAUUGAUAUCAAUGGCUGGGACUCAGGCUUCUACCCAGGCAGGACUGGGGGGACAGAGUGUUCCUCUGAUGUACACACAACCCAGCUGUCUUCUGGCUUUCCCCUCACUGUCAAGGACCUACUGCUCUCUGGCACAUCUGAUCCGCCCCCACAGCAUUCCCAACAGUCCUUCCAAGAGUUGAUUCUUAAUGAGGAUGAGAAAAAACUGCUGGCCAAGGAGGGGGUGACUCUGCCUAGCCAACUACCUCUCACAAAGUAUGAGGAGAGGAUUCUGAAGAAAAUUCGCAGAAAGAUCCGGAAUAAGCAGUCAGCUCAGGAGAGCAGGAAGAAGAAAAAGGAAUAUAUUGAUGGUCUGGAGAGCAGGAUGGCUGCCUGCAACACACACAACCAGGAGCUACAGAGGAAAGUGUUCCAGCUGGAGAAAUGCAAUACGUCUCUGAUGGAGCAGCUGCACAGGCUGCAGACUCUGGUCAUGGGCGGCUCCAAAAAGACCGCCCAGACUGGGACUUGUGUCCUGGUACUGCUCCUGUCCUUCUCCCUCAUCCUCUUCCCCAGCCUGAACCCUUUCACCAAGGUCAGCCAAGGAGGGGACUUCAGUCCAGUGAGGGUCCAGUCACGGUCCCUGCACAACCUCCAGUCCUCCAGAGUGCUGCAUGUGAUUGAUCAGCCGUACCAAACUGCAGAUGACAAGGCCAAGCCUUCAGACCACCAUGUCCUGGGAGACCAGGGUGUGGAUGAGAUUAUGUCUCUGCUGGGUAAACUGGGCACCGGUCACGGCAGCCAAGGACUGCCCAAUUUUGACACUAUGUCUCAAAAUAAUAGCAUGGACGAGCAAGUCCAUUUCCAGGGAGACCCCAUUACUGGCCAUAUAGCUACAGUGACUUGGAAUCCACACCGCAGAGCCACACUACGCCCACAUGCUGAUGACAUGUGAUUUGGAGAGAGUAUUCCCAGCAGGAUUCCUCUGUUCUGCUCCCAUCUCCAGAAACUUCAUAUGAUGAAACAAAGUAGCACAUGCCUAAGGCUCUUGUUUAAACUAUGAGUUAGGGAAUAAUAAAUACAUUAUUUUGUCUGUUAUAUUAUAUACAGUUUGUGUAUAUAUAUAUACAUAACAAACAAGAAAAAAAAGAAUAUAUAUAUAUAUAUAUAUAUACCCUACAUGUAUAUGCUUUUUUUCUUCUUUGUUAUUCUGUUUUGUAUUGUUUUAAUGUGACGCCGCCACAUUAUGUCUGGGCUCACUUGAACCUGGUAAGUUCUGGGUCCCGUUUGUGUAUGUACGGUCCAUCUUGUCCAUUUCCCUCCCCUUCUGUAGUCUCGCACCAUCACUUCCUGUCCCGUUUGGAGAUGGCGCUCCCGGCCACCGGAGAGCAUCUUGUCUUGUUUGUUCAGCACUUCAUUACGCCUGUUUGGCUUCAUGAUGUCCAGCUGUGUGCGGAGAGGCCUCCCGAACAUCAGUGCAGCUGGGCUUUCAUUUGUCAUGGCAUGUGGGAUGUUUCGGUAGGAUGGCCUGGAACCUGGCCAGUUUUGUUUGCAAAGUCCCUUCGUCUCGUUUUGCUGCACGGAGUCCUUGCUUUAGGGUUUGCACAAAGCGUUCUGCCAGCCCAUUGGUGGCAGGGUGGUACGGAGCUGAGGUUGAGUGUUUGAUUCCAUUUACUGACAUUAAUCUUGUAAACUCGUCACUUACAAAAGCUUGCGCGUUGUCACUUACCAGCUGCAGCGGCAAUCCGAAGCGUGCAAAUGUUGUUUUGAGACACUCUAUCGUCUGAGCUGAGGUGGAGUCAGUGCAAAACACCUCUGGCCAUUUGGAAUGGGUAUCAACUAUAACCAGAAUCAUGUGCUUUUUCAAAGGGACCAGCAUAGUCCACAUGAAUUCUCUGCCAUGGCUCUGUGGGCCAUUCCCAUGGGUGGACUGGGACAGGAGCAGGCAUGUGAAGGGUUUCCAAACAUCCGCUACAGUUCUUCGCCAUGUUUUCUAUCUGUUGGUCCAGACCGGGUCACCGGUCUAGCUCCUUGCGAGCAGCUUCAUUUGGACAAUUCCAACAUGACCUUCAUGUAGUUGCUGCAAAACCUGAUGUUGGCAUUUCUGGGGUAUCAUGACUCUCAUUCCCCACAUCAAAUAUCCUUGGUACGUUGUAAUUUCGUUUCUCCGCUGGAAAUAUGGAGUCAGCUCCUUUCUGCCUGUAGCUGGCCAUACUGACAUGGUGUAUGUGUACACUUUUGACAAGGUCACAUCUUUCCUUGUCUCCUGUUUGAUAACUGUACUUGUGACCGGUAGUGCCUCGAGCUGAGCGGUAUGGAAAAUGUCCACUGCAUCCACCCUCCUUUGUCUUUCUCUUGUACACGGCAGUCUGGAUAAUCCAUCUGCAUUUGUGUGGAGGGACGACGGCUUAAACUCAAUGUCAUACAUAUGACUGGCAAGGAACAAGGCUGUAACCUGGCUGCUGUCAUUGCCGGAAUGCCUUUCUUUGGGCUGAAAAUGGAAAGCAACGGCUGGUGAUCCGUAACCAGUGUGAAACGCUUGCCAUAUAGGUAUGCGUGGAAUUUCUUGACGCCCCACACUAGCGCCAGUGCUUCUUUGUCGAUUUGUGAGUCGUUUUUCUCUGCAUCAUUCAACGUUCAUGACGCAAAUGUAACUGGCCUCUCUGACCCAUCUUUCAGUGUGUGUGAAAGGACGGCCCCUAAGGCAUAAGGGGGCGCAUUUACAAGCCAACUUCACUGGCAGUUCAGGGUCGUAAUGCAUAAGGACCCGUUCAGAUGUGAUGAGCCGUUUUGCCUCAAGAAACACAUUUUCAUACUGUUCUGUCCACCGCCGUGUCCUGUUCUUUUCCAGGAGCUGAUUUAGAGGCUGGAGUACUGCUGAAAGGUUUGGGAGGAAUCUUCUGUAGUAAUUGAUCAGUCCCGUAAAAGAUAUCACUUCUGUGAUAUUUUGUGGUCGUGGUGCCUCUACCACUGCAUCGAUUUUGUCCUGUGUUUUAUGCAAUCCAUUGCGGUCAAUUUCAUGUCCACAGAAGACAAUCUUGUCUUUGAAGAACUCACACUUCUGUAAGUUUGUCUUUUCAGGACCUCUUCCAGGUUAGCCAGGUGCUCUUUGUCGGUGUGUCCUGUUAUGAUCAUGUCACCCAGGAUACACUGGGUUCCUGGGAUUCCUUGCAAAAUCUGGUCAGUAGUUCGUUGCCAAAUGGCUGGGGCUGAUGCAAUGCCAAAAACCAGGCGGUUAUACCUGUAUAGACCUUUGUGUGUGUUUAUUGUCAGGUACUGUUUGGAGCUCUCUUCAACCGGUAGCGGCAGGUAAGCCUGUUUCAGAUCGAUUUUACUGAAGUGUUUCCCACCAGCUAGUGCAGCAAAGAUGUCAUCCAGAUGUGGCAGGGGGUAUUGGUCCACAUGCAACAUUGAAUUCACAGUUUCCUUGAAGUCCCCACACAUUCUAACAGACCCGUCUUUCUUUAUAAUAGGAACUAUGGGUGUGGCCCAUUCGCUUCUGUCCACUUUCGUCAGGAUCCUGCAAGCGAUCGAUUUCCGCUUCCACCUUUGGUCUCAGGGAGUAUGGAACAGAUCUGGCUUUGCAGAUUUUUGGGGUUGCGUCAUCUCUUAGUACAAAUUUUGCUGUGAAGCCUUUUACUGUUCCCAUCUGAUCACUGAAAACUGUGUUGUAUUUCUUCCGCAAGUGUUCCAGUGUUUGGUCUGUGCCUUUCUCUUUGGACUGGAACGUGUGGAGCAUUUUCAAGUCACACCAGUUCAGCUUUAUUUUUUUAAAGCCAUUCCCUGCCAAAUAAUGGGGGCCAGUUCCAGGCACCACAUACAGCUGUAACUGCUGUGUUUGCUCCCCAUAACUCACUCUGACCUGCAACGCCCCCAUUGGGCUCAAUCUCUCUCCUGAGUAGGUCUUCAGCAACACAUUUGUGUUCUUCAGCUUGAUAGCCUUGAAGUGCUCAUUGUAGACAGUAGUGGAAAUUAUAAACUGCAGAUCCUGUGUCCAGCUCCAUUUUAAGGGGUUUGCCUUCGAUUUCUGGUGUCACCCAUAUUAUGCUACUGCUGGGAGAAGUCAUUGUGUUUAACUCCAUUGUACCAAUUAAUCGUUCAUCUGAAUCACUGCCACUGUUCUCUGCUAGUGCAUUCACAGACCCUUUCAUUUUCUCAGUUUUCCUGUUGUGACUGAAUUUUGCUCUGCAUGCUCUUUAAAUGUGCCCCCUUCUACUGCAUUUGUGACAAAUUUCGUCUUUGAAAUGGCAGUCCUCUGCUCUGUGACCAUCUCUAUCACACCUGUUGCUUUUUUUCGGCCACACACUGUCGGCUGCGUGAAAACUUGUGCAGGGAAGUUUGUGAUAGGUUAGUAUUUCUUUUACUUUGCAACUCAAAUGCAUCUUUAGUUGCGAUUUCCAUAGCCAUAGCAAUUUCAACAGCCUUUGCAAAGGUGAGAUCUGAUUCUGUGAGCAAACGUUUUUGAAUGUGUUCAUGUUUCUGUCCACAAACAAAUCUAUCCCUUAAUGUGUCAUUUAGGUUCUCUCCAAACUGGCAAUGUUCAGACAGUUUAUUCAACUCUGCUACAUAUGUACUAACACCCUCCCCCUCAUUCUGAUCUCUCUUGUGGAAACAAAAAUGUUCCGCGAUGAAGAGUGGUUUAGGUGAUAGGUGAUUUUGCAAUAUCUCCACAAUCUCUGUGAAUGUUUUUAUUGGAGGGCUUCAGAGGGGCAGUCAGAUCUCCACGCUGGUACUCUCUUGUUAUCAGCAAUGUUGUUUGCAAUGAAGUACUGUUCCAGUCGUUCAAUGUAAGUUGCCCAAUUUUCAUCAAACACAUCUAUUUUUCCUAUGCUAGCCAUUCUCUUUAGCUCCGGCUCCACGGGUCUUUGUUCUGCCGCCUCGUUCUCGGCAGCUCUCCCCUCGUCAUCACUGCUUGCUAGCUGUUGUGCUACAAGGUCAAAAUCUUCCUCUCUUCCUACCAGCUCCAUCUGCAUUCGUGAUGCACACUGCAAGUAAUUAUCCUCGUUGCCAUUGUAGUGUCUUAGCUCUUGUCACUUAUUUAUAUAAUAAGAAAGACUCUGAAUACAAGAAAUUGAACUGGAGCUUCACAUUUACUAAAAACGAGUUAACAUAGAACGUACCAGAAUAACAUAGAACAACACUGCGCACGAUCAAGGGUGCUCCAUUCUUAAAGGGGUUCAGUAAUUAACAGAACAUAACAUGUAGGAACUGGGUUCUACAGUUUGAACCCCUGCUGUGUCUGCCCCCCCCCCCCAUCUAGAUGUGUGAAGGUUAGUGUCUUUUCUGUACGGAAGCUAAUUAUCCAUCAUUUAUGACAUUCCUGGGAGUGUGUAAACUUACAUUUUUUUAUUACCAUAUCAUUUUUGUAUGUUCUCUAUAGUUAUGUACUUGAAAAUGUAUCAAUUGACCAAUUCGGCAGACUUGAUACAACAUUUUGAACAGUAAUGCAAUGGUUCAUUGGAUCAGUAUAAAACGUUGCACAUACACUGCUGCCAUCUAGUGACCAAAAUCUAAAUUGUGCCUAGACUCCUAAGUGAUAUAAUGGCCUUUCUCUUGCAUUUCAAAGAUGAUGAAUUAUCUAUAUUAUCUUUUACCAGAUCUAAUGUGUUGUAUUCUCCUACAUUAAUUUCAAAUUUCCACAAACUUUAAAGAGUUUAUUUUCAAAUGGAUGUUUUCUGAUUUAAUCUGAAUUUCUGUAUAUUGUAAAAUUUCUUUUUCAAGAUGAAUUGAGCUUCUCUUGCCCCUCUGACUGUUUUAACAUUGACAGUGUAGGUUUGUGCAUUUUGAGAGAGACAAUAAUUAUUCUUUUUCAUAACUGAUGGUGUGUAAAACUGAGCUUUACAAAUAAUUCAGAGAAUAAUUUUGCAUGUCCUGUAUACUAUGAUACUAUAACUUUAUUAACAAUCUUGCUAAACAUGACUAAAACGGUCUCAAAUAAACGAAACAUUUUAAA